CCAGCCAACAGUUUAUGGGACAGCCUGAAAGGGUCCCCUCGGUGCUAUCUUGGGGGACAGGUAAGGGGCAUGCCAGCCAGGAAGAAGCAGAAAGGACACCAAAAGGAAGGGAGAGUCACCUUGGGCCAGGAGCCUCUGGAGGGGCUUGCGAAGUGAAGGCAGGGAGACCAGAAGGAAGGCCAAAGACACCGGCACUCAGUCCAGCCCUGUCACGGGCAGCCAGCCUGUGGUGGUCCAGAGACCCCGCCCCCCCCCACCUAAGCCUGCACCUGCUGGACAGCGGAAGCCCAGGUGCUCCAGAAAGCCCAUUCUGGAGUCGAGAGGCAGCAGAACUCAAAGUCCAAGAGGGCUUCUGGGAACACCUUUCAAGCUGCGGGUGGCCCGGAUUGGAGUUGGCCCCCUGGGGCCCAAGGGUGGCACUCCAGCCUUCCAGAGGCUGGCCAGAGCCGGCAGGCAAGGGCCACAAGCCAGAGAAAAGGCAAAGGUGGCCUUUCCUCUUCCUUCCAGCUCUUUGCCUUAGUCCUCACGGACAGUGACGUCAGGAACCCUGACCUAGCCUGGGGAUUCUGAAAGCGACCACCCCGGAGAAGAGCUCUGGCAGUACAACCGAACCCGGCGUGGCAAUGGUGACUCGUGUGACCUCAAGCCCGCAAGAGCUCUGGGCCCACGGGCCUGGGUUACAGCUCCUUCCAGCUCUCCCAGUGUGAGCUGCCUCCUCCGUCCUGGGCCGGGGGUUAGAGCAGCCCAUGGAAGUCCAUGUGGAGACAGAAUCGUGCUUGGAGAAUUCGACACCAGGCUCCCUGUGCUCCACCUCCAUUUGCCCUUUUGAUUCCAGAAGUUCCAGGGGAGGAAGUACGCCACCCUCCGCCAGCAUCGCCCUGGGCACACACAAAGUCCCCUUCUGCUUCUCCUCAGAGCCGCCCACAGAGUGCCCCAAGGCAAGCCCUGCCCUCUGCAGGGUAUGGAGAGGAAAACCCCGGGGCGCUGGGGGGCCCCCAAGAAGCUGGAGCUGUCCUUCUCCAUUGAGGAGAUCUUAAAGAGGCCCACCGAGAGGAGCCAUGAGGUCAGGCAGGAAGAGGCAGGUGGACAGGACACCGGGCCAGCAGCAGCUAUAAGCUCUGGACCAGAGAGGCCCCCACAGGCCCAGCCCCAGGAGGAAAGAAAAAGCAAGCGGAGGGUCCGAACCACCUUCACCAGCGAGCAGCUGCAUGAGCUAGAGAAGAUCUUCCACUUCACCCACUACCCAGACGUCCACAUCCGCAACAAGCUGGCAGCCAGGAUCAACCUCCCAGAAGCUCGGGUGCAGAUCUGGUUCCAGAACCAGCGCGCCAAGUGGCGAAAGCAGAAGACCGGCAGCCCGGGGGCUCCGCAGCAGUUAAGCGAGGCCCACUUGGCCCUGGCCACGAACCCGGACAUGGCCGGCCCCAGGCUGCAGCCCUCUGCUUUGCCCCAGCUGGCUCUCCCCACCGGGUGCUAUCCACCAGCUCCCAGCCAGCCGGCCUCUGCCUGGUGCGCCGGCCAGGUCACCCUCCUGCCAUACCACCUGUGGGAGACACAGCCUCUCGUAGGCCCUCUCAUCCAGCCGACCUGCAUCCCUGCUCUGUGCUGCCUCCCACCUGCAAACCCCAAAUGGGGCAGGCCCUGUGCCACCUCAACAUAGGGAUCGAAUCACCUCUUGGCAAUGGCGCCGCUCCCCUCUCCAGGUGAAGACAAGUGGCAGGAGGGUGCCCAGGCUUCUGGAGGAAUCCAUCUCACCAUCCAAAGAUGACCCUGAGCACACCCGCAGGGAAGUUUGCAUUGGACUCAGCAGCAAAGUGAGGAAUACAGGAGCUCUCUUCGCUCCUCCCAAGGUUGCCCUCCUGGCUCAGAAGACAGAGGCUGUGUGAGAUCCCCAGAUGAGCUCUGGACCAAAGACGGCAUCGUCUGGCACUCCUGCUUCCUCUAACUCACUGGGUGACCUCCAGAUGGUCAGUCACCCCCUCUGGACGUCAUCUCUAACACAGACAGUUGGACAAGGUGACUUCCGAGGGCCCUUCUGGCUCUUUCUUGGUGAGGUGAACCAUGAUGAGAACAGAGGCAGAGAGGAGGCCAAGGAGGGGUUGCCUCUACAUUCAUGCAUGACACAUUCAUUGAGCACCUACUGAGUACUCUAUAAAUGGAACUGGAUCUGGAUACAAACAACCAAGGCUCCACCCCCAGAAGCUCAGUCCACUUUGGCCCAAGGGGUCAUGCUGAGCUUCCCCUGCAAGCAGAAUGUGCGCUCCAUGACCUUGCUGUUGGCCCAGUGACCUUGCCAUUGGUCCAUGCCUAACAAAUUCUGUAUGGCUUUGAUGUGAAUAUACAAACUGGGAGAGAAAUAUAGGGAAAGUUUUUUUUAAUUUAAGACAGAAUGUAGUGACUUUGGUUAUCCUGCUGGACUGGGGAGGGAUGCUACAUUUCCGGUCUGAAUAAAGAAUAUGA